UCUGAUCUGGCAACCCUGGGCUGUCUGCAGAAGAAAAAUUAACAAAACGCAAGAGUAAAUGAAAAGACAAUGCUAGACGGCUGGUACUGCAGAUCCCUGGCCAACCAGGAGGAGGGCGGCAUCAAGGACGAGCCGCCGAGUGACGAUGAACCCCAGCCACCUGCCAGAGAUCGUGUUCCGGCACUUUCCCGCGGUGCAGCGCCCGCUAGUUCAUCCUCCGUCUCCGCGGGAAUGGGAGCCAAUGAAACGGACUUCAAGGAGCGCUACAAGAACCUCAAGAAGAAGCUCAAGUUCCUCAUCUACGAGAACGAGUAUUUCCAAGAUCUGUUGCACACCAACCAGCGGCGUCUGCUAAAGGUAUCCCGGGAUCGCACCUUCCUGCUGGACCGCCUGCUGCUGUACGAAAAGCCGGCGAAGGACUCCAGCGACAGCGAUGCCACCGACAGCUCCGAUUCGGAGCCAGCAUCAACGUCAGGAGCAGGAGGAUCGCAAGCAUCCAAGGACGCCAGUCGCCGGAAGCACAAGGACAAGGGGACACCUGGCACUCCGGGUGUGACCCCGCACAUUCCCACUGUGGGCGCCACAAGGGGACGAAGACGCAAAAUCCUCACAGGAAUGAUGCCCACGAACCAUGGAAUUCAAGCAGCUGCUGUCAAAAGACAACUCACCGCCACAGUUUCCCCUUCGCAGCAGCAACUGCAGUUACAGACUACUCCCAAGGAGGUGUCGCCUGGCCUGAGCCAAGCGGAGAUCGCCCGUCAGCUGCAGGAGCGACGACCCACACCCCUGGAGCUCAUGAGUCCCGAGGCCACAGUGCCCACCACGAUGCUCAGCGAUGAGAGCCCCUCCAAGUGCUAUCCCAACGAGAGCCUGCACCACCUGAUGGAGGACGAUGGAUCCCAUUCACACGAGGUGGCGGCUGAGGAGUGCGUGCCCAUGGAAUACACCAGUUAAUAUUUACACAAGGCUAUAAACUACUCGGCCUUAGCUAAUAAACUAAAUAGAAACCAA